AUGGGUGUUACUAUUGAAACUAUUCAACAAGGCGACGGAAUCAACUUCCCCAAGCCUGGUGAUACUGUCACUAUGCACUAUGUUGGCACUCUCUUGGAUAGUGGUAAAAAAUUUGACUCUUCUCGUGACCGUGAUCAACCUUUCGUUACAAAGAUUGGUGUUGGUCGUGUUAUCAAAGGUUGGGAUGAAGGUGUUCCUCAAUUAUCUCUCGGCCAAAAGGCUAAGUUAAUUUGUACUCCUGAUUUCGCCUAUGGUGCCCGUGGUUUCCCUCCUGUCAUUCCUCCUAACUCUACUUUGGUCUUUGAAGUCGAACUCUUAAAGAUCAACUAA